GAGAGCAGCUGUAACAGUACGAGCAGCGAGGGUUCUGAUGGCGCACCAAAGAAUGAUCAGCUAGAUGAUGCUGUUAAAACAAGUCGGUCGAGUGCUGCUGGAUUGACCAAGGGCCAUGGUGGACUUACAAAUGCCACACAGAAUACUUCACACCUGCAAAGACCCAAGUCACCACCUCUCCACAAAGAUGAGGACUCAGUUGUAAUGAUGUUUAAAACAGUGCAGCAGACGCUUGAGGCUCAACAACGGGAUAUUCGAGAACUCCAAGCAUGCGUGAAUGAGCUGAUGAUGGAAGACCAAGGCCCAGCACCCUAAAACUGUCCAGUGGCCUCCAUUGACCCAUUUUCUUCUCUCCGGUGGACAGCCUCUCCUCCAGAGUUGGCUGCCUCCGAAGAGAUAGGAGAGCCUGUAGAUGAUUUGUCUGCAUACUCCACAAAUUGGCAUGAUGCCAAUCAACUGCGAGCGUAGUCAUAGCCCCUUUAGACAGAGAUGCAAGCAAGAGACCCCAGUAUCUGAAGUGGUAGGGGGCCACACAGGAAUUUUAUUAUAGAUACUGGGGCAGCAAUCAGUAUUAUCCAUUUUAAGGAUCCUAGAUUCUCUUCUCUGUCAUCAGGGCCUACAAAAAUACUUGCAACUUUUGCAAGUAAUCAGGUUGUUACCAUGCUUUCUAUACCCAUUGAAGUACAGAUAGGUCACCUAAGAAAGGUUCAUACCUUUGCGUUGAUGAAAUUAGCAGACCCAAGGAAUUGCCUGUUGGGAACUAAUUUCCUAAUUUCCAAACAGAUAUGUUCUUAAUUUGGGUAACCAAUUGUUGUGCCUUACUGUAGAACAGGCAAAGAAUAACUCACCAGUGAUCAUACCUGACAGUGGCAUGGUAUCUCCAAUGGUGGACUCUGAACCUGAGGGUUAUGAAUUAAACAAAAUAGCGGCUAACCAUGCAGACCAACCUGAGUUACAGGAGUUACUUAGCAAGCAUGCAGAGGCCUUUGCUAAACACAAACAUAAUUGUGAAUGUAUGGUAGUCACUAUUGUUGUAGAAGGAGAAGAUAUAUCAGCCCAAAGACAAUAUCCUUGCCCAGAACAGGCAAACGCAUACAUAGAAAAGACUAUCAAGUCUUUACUGACACAGGGAAUACUACGUAGAUGUACUUGCACUGCCAAUUCCCCUAUUUGGCCCAUGAAGAAACCAAAUGGUUUUUGGCAUCUCAAAAUUAAUUAUAGACGCCUGAAUCAGGUCACACCCACUUGUGCCCCGACAGUGGCUAAGAUGCCAGAUUUAAUCAAGUCCUUUGAUCCAGAGGCUGUGUGGUUUACUGUCCUUGACAUCAGUAACAGCUUUUGGACAUUGCCAUUGGCGCACAUUUCACAGUACCGUUUUGCAUUUCGUUUCCAGGGAGUCUAAUAUUCCUGGACACGUUUACCCCAGAGUAUAAACAUUCUCCAGCUUUAUUCCAUGCGCAAAUAAGGCAGGUAUUGUCUCAAUUUUCUAAACCAACUGUUCUGUUUCAAUAUGUAGAUGACCUGUGUCUAGCAACACGGACUAAAAAGGAGCAUCUAGAAAGGCUUGAUGAGCUCCUACAGAUCCUAAAGGAAGCAGGGUUAAAGUGCAAUCUGGCCAAGGCACAGCUAAUGGCUAACCGUGUCUCUUUCUUGGGUCUCACCCUGACAAAAUGGGGUAGAACCGCGGCACAACAGAAAGUAGAUGCAAUCCAAACAUUGCCAUUACCACUGGACCCAAUGACUUUAAGAUCCUUUUUGGGUUUACUGGGUAUUACAGGAAUUUCAUUCCCAAUUUUGCUUCCAUUGCAGGUCCCUUGUACCAACUAUUAAAGAAAAGCAUCCAAUGGAAAUGGUCUGAGCAACACACGGAAGUAGUAUCCCAGCUAAAACAGGCCAUUGUCAAGGCUCCGGUGUUGAUCACUCCAAAUCCUGAAAUACCCUAUCAUCUGGAGGUAGUGGUGAGUGUGGGAAAAUCGGACCUGUGGCCUGUGCCUCACAUUUAAAUGUCAUCAAUUGAACUUAAGUAUAACAAUUGUGAAAAGUACCUAUUGGCAACCAGUUGAGCCAUACAACACUUUUCUUUUCUAAUUGGCCUGAGCCCGAUCGUAUUACACUUAUCACACACUCCCCUUCAGUUCUUACUGUUCAAUAGGGUAAAAGAUGGGCAAGUCUCAGAUGCUCGCCUAGCCCACUGGGCAUUACUGCUGCAAGGGAAAGAUAUUGCAGUAAAACCUAUUAGGACACCAUUUUUGUUAUCAACUGCCCGACAAAAUAUGAAAGAGAGUCGCAUGUGUCCUGAUCUUGAUCAAUUGGAUCUAAGGCGGAGGAAAAACAAAAGCUUUUCCAACCAUUGAUCCAGGAGACAGAUUCCAUUAUUAGGUAUCAUUUCUUUGUUGACAGUUGUAGUUAUUAUGAUCAAGGCAAACCUUAUACCGGGUUUGGAAUCUAUGCAGUUCCUCCCGAGGAGAAAGGAGAGCACUGGGAGAAGGCAUAUUCAUGUAUUCCACGUUUGGUUCAAUAUGCUGAAUUAGCAGCAGUGGCUUGUGUGCUGGAGUACUGUGUGCAGUUCUCCAUCACCACCCCCUACCGAAGUAUCUGUUUUCAGACUCCGUAUGGGUAUGCAAUUCUCUCACAGAGUUUCUACCAUGUUGGGAGAUAAAUGUUGGGAGAUAAAUGUUCAUCGCUGAUGAAAUACAUCCACUGGUUAUCAGUAGCAAUCACUGUUCCAGGGUGGCUGUUUAAAGUGUAAAAAAAAAAAAAAAAAGCUCACUGGAAUUAGACCCCUGUGCUACAGAAAAUGGGAAGGCUGAUAAAUUAGCCCGAGAAGGAGUCCGAUCAGGGGAAUUCUGGAAAGAAAAAGAUCAGGAAUGUUCUGUUACUGCCCUAGUCCCAGAUGCCCUAUAGCUACAACUAAAUUUGUACAGGCUGACAUACUGGAUUUAAAAGACGCGCAGAAAUUGGAUAGGGACAUAGUGAGAGUAAUGUUAGAGCUUUCCAAAACAGAAAGACAAGGGUCGCUAACAGUAGAUCCUUUGUACAAAAGAUAUAUGUAUGCAAGCAAGCAGGUUAAUCGUUUAGGCUUCAAUAUGAACUUUAAUGAAACUGCAGUCUCAGAUGGAAAAUGGUUCCACUGAAAUUUUUCCAACUGGCUCUAGCACUCGGCAUUAGUCCAGCUCUGCUCCCCUGAAGUCACUGGCAGACUUGGCAAUGCUGAACAGUUCGCAAUGUCCCAUUCUUUAUUAUCCAAGCUGGAACAAAACAUGCAAAAUAUAAAGAAAGAGCAUAAGAAGUGCAAGCAAAUUGGACUUAGAAAAUCCUUUCACCUUUAAGAAUGUAAGGUCCUGAUUCUGCAAGUGCAUCCCAAUGGGGAGGCUCUGUGUGGCUAUGGAGGACUGCCUGCAUGCAGUCAGUUGCAGGAUGUGGCCAAAGUUUUUAUUAGUAAAAGGGUAAAAUAACUUAUUUGUUUGCUACAUGUGAUUUUGAAGUUAACAGUGUCUUUUAAUAUUUCUGUUUUUAAGAAAAGAUCUUUAUUCUCAGUUGGGGAAACUGCAACAUUUAUAUGGGCUUCCUUGUCCUGAUGGGAAGACAGAUUGAGCCCAAACUUUGGUGACCUAGUUUCCUAAAUGAUCCUUUUAAAAAUUCAUAAAUAAUUUAAUGGCAUGAUCCUCCUGUGUAAAGUCUGUGGGGAUGUUGCUUCAGGAUUUCACUACGGUGUGCAUGCUUGUGAGGGUUGUAAGGGUUUUUUCAGAAGAAGCAUUCAGCAAAACAUUCAGUAUAAGAAGUGCUUGAAGAAUACCAACUGCUCUGUAAUGAGAAUGAAUAGGAACAGAUGCCAGCAGUGCCGCUUCAAAAAAUGUUUGUCUGUUGGAAUGUCAAGAGAUGCUGUUCGAUUUGGCCGCAUUCCUAAACAUGAAAAACAGAGGAUGCUGAUUGAAAUGCAAAGUGCCAUGAAGACCAUGAUGAACAGCCAGUUCAAUGGUCACUUGCCAAAUGAAACAUUAACAGAACAUCAAGAGCAAGCGCUGCCAUCGUCUCAAGAACAGCUUACAUCCAAACCCCAACAAGAGCUGGAAAACAUCAAAAGUCCAUCUCCUCCUCCUCCCUCUGACAUUGCGAAGGAAGAAGUGAUUGGUAUGGUGACCAGAGCCCACAAGGACACCUUCAUGUACAACCAGGAACAAUCAGAAAGCCCAGCUGAGGCCAGGCAGCCCCAGAGCGGGGAAAGAAUUCCAAAGAACCCUGAGCAAUAUAGUUUGAAUAGUAACUAUUGUAGCAGUGGGCUUAGUGACACCCAUUAUACUGAAAGUGAGCAACUUCUUGCUGGACAAUACAAAGGGAGAAAUGUAAUGCAUUAUCCAAAUGGGCGCACCGUUUGUUUGACAAAUGGCCACUGUAUCAACUUUACCAAUGGUUAUACUCAAAGAAUGUGUGAAAGGAUCCCAGAAGAUGGGUUUCUGGCAAAUGAGAACAUAAAUAUAUACUCACGCAACACUGGAGGGAGAAUGCACCUGGUUUGUCCAAUGAGCAAGACUCCCUUUGUGGACCCAAGUAAGUCUGGCCAUGAAGUCUGGGAAGAAUUUUCAAUGAGCUUCACCCCUGCAGUGAAAGAAGUGGUGGAGUUCGCAAAACGCAUUCCAGGGUUCCGAGAUCUUUCCCAGCACGACCAGGUCAAUCUUCUAAAGGCUGGGACAUUUGAGGUUUUAAUGGUACGGUUUGCAUCUUUAUUUGAUGCAAAGGAACGUACUGUCACCUUCCUUAGUGGAAAGAAGUACAGUGUGGAUGAUCUGCAUUCAAUGGGAGCUGGCGAUCUACUCAACUCCAUGUUUGAAUUUAGCGAGAAACUAAGUGGCCUGCAACUUAAUGAUGAGGAAAUGAGUUUGUUUACAGCAGUUGUCCUGGUCUCUGCUGAUCGAUCUGGAAUAGAAAAUGUUAACUCUGUGGAGGCGCUGCAGGAGACACUAAUUCGUGCACUAAGGACCUUAAUUAUGAAAAACCAUCCAAACGAAGCCUCUAUUUUUACAAAACUUCUUUUGAAAUUACCCGACUUGCGUUCCUUAAACAACAUGCACUCUGAGGAACUCUUGGCCUUUAAAGUUCACCAAUAGGCCUUUAGCUUUUAUUUAUACAUGAACUUGCCCCAUGUUAAGCUGUAUAUUUUGUGCUAAAAUACUUAUUUAUAUGUUUGUACCACUUGUUGGAGAAGAAAACCUCAUUGACUCUUAGUGAUUGGUAGAUACUCCGUAACCCUGCAAUAACAUUUCAGAGUGAAUACGUUCAGUGGUUAGUGACGUGGCAUUCAGAGUUCAUCAAGAUGUCCAGAAUCAUCAGUAUGUUGACUGUAAAGUUUUUCACUCAACAGAAAGACCUGUCAGCUUCCUCUGGUGAAAAUCAAAAGCAUGGUAACUGUGUGGGAAAUGAGAGAAAUGACAGUUGGGCUUUCCCAUAUCUAAUUCAUAUAGUCUUGCUUGUCUGGAAAGCUCUUACUAAUUCACUAAUGACUAUAUAACGUACAGAAUUGUGUGUGUGUGUGUGUGUGUGUGUAUAUAUAUAUACACACACAUAUAUAUAUUUGUGUAUGUAUAUAAAUUGUUCUACAUAAAAAUAUAGACAUAAUUUCUUCACAAUAUUUUAAACUGUGAAGGAGUUAAACUUGCAAAAGCAGGUGAUCUAUGGAAGAACCAAAAUAGAUGCACUUUGUGUAUUGCUGAACUAAUUAUCUGACCAUUUAUAAUUUUUAGAAAACAGCAAAUCUGCAUUGAUAUGCUAUAUUUGUUAAUAAAAGAAAUACUGUGGCCCCAAAAUUGCAGUCAGGUCCAACUUUAUAACGAGAACUAUUAACUGAAAGAGAAUUGUUCAGGGUACUAAUUAGAUUGAUUAUCUGUUGCAGCUAAGGUUCUUACCUUGUGCUGAUAGUGGCUAAAAAGCUGUUGGACACUAGCAUAGCUGAUGAGCAACAGAAUCCAUCAAUUCCUCCUAAAGAAUCAAAGAAAAAUUUCAGGAAAAGUGUAUCCAUCUAAUAUCCAGAUUGCAGGGUUGUUUUUUUUUUCUUUGGGUUUGUUUUUUUUUUUGCAUGUAUAUUUCUGUGUCCAUUUCCUUCUUACACUACACCAAUUUGCUACUUGACUGCUCAAGAAGAUUUGAAUACAGAGCUGUGAGAGACACCUUGGUCUUUUCAUGUUGUUUUACCGCCAACCUUAAUCUGUAUAUAAAUAUUGGAGCUGUAUGCUUUUUAAAGGACAUUUUUUGUGUACGCAAAACAAGUGCACUCGAUGGUUGGAUAUCAUGACUCGCUUAACAAAACAGAGAGUUUUAGGGGUUUGGGGCUCUGUUUAUUCCAGACAGAAAAAUUCCCAGACUUGAGGGUCUGUUUUGUAUUCUGCUACUUUCCACCCUAAAAGGGGGAGAGGGGGAAUGUUCCUCAUGGAGUUGAGUUUCUUCUGUUAUAACAGGAAGUGAUACCACAGACUCCUGAUUUAAAAAGCCAAAGCAGUAAUGUUAUAAAUAGUCAUGUUACUGUCAUAUACUGUGGGAGCAGAAAAUGCUCUUUUUACUUUCAUGUUUAGUUGACUGAUGUUCAAGUUUGACCCUCUAAGGUCUUAAAAUUGUGUAACACUAACUGUUGUCAACUGAUAGAGGGUUGUUGCUAAAGGGUUAAUGUGAUGUGGAAGGGCACAAUCCCUCAAACCUUCUGAUGGCAGAACUCCCAUUAACCUUGCAGGUUCAAAACGCUAUGGACUUCUGCAAAGCCAGUUGAAGUCAUUACGAGUCUUCCCAAUGACUUCAGUGGGAUUUGGAUCAGGCCCUGGAGAUCUGAUCCUGCACCAUGCAAGACAAUGGCAAUUUUGUCGCUAACAGCAGUGGUGGGGGUGAGAGGUUUGGGCUGCACUGUAGCAUGAACAUGGGGUCAUCAGUUUUUAAGCAGAAAUCUCAGUUGAAAGGGAUGAGUUCUGCCCAAAAGUGAAUGGCAAGGGAGUCAAACUAAAGGGGAUCUGGAAAGAGUGCAGCUAUAUCCUUGCUUUGCCAAAAAGCAGAGGGGCGCAGCCUUUCCCAAUAGCUCCCCCUCCUCCUCAGCUGGUGGGGUGAGAGGCUCCUUCUGCUUCAAACUACUUCAACCACUGGAGAACAGCCUUCUUUUUUUUAAAUGUUUUCAGCAGAUUACAUUUCUAGGGCAUUUCCCCCUCAUUUCUGUAAACACUGCAUUCAACCAAUAUUAUUAGUUUUAAAGCUUCACUGACGUGUAUUCUAAAAUGCACAUUUAUAAAAGGACACAAUUUGUUGCUUGCAUCAUUUGUUUCUGCAAGGAGUCAAGGUGGCUCUUUUAUAUACCCUGUUUCAAAAGUGACGGUCAAACUGACGCCUGAUUUUUGGCUUCUUAUAGAGGCCUCCUCACCAUCUCUCUCUUUCUUUCUUUUAAAACUUUUAUAUUAAGCCUUUAGGAAUGUAUAAGCAGGACUGUGUAAGUAUUGCUUAUUAAAAUAUUAAUUAGAUAGAUAUUCUGAUGUGUGCAGUUUCAUUUGAAUGAAAUCUUCCUACAUGUAAUGCAAAUAGAACUUGUAUCAGCUGAAAUCCCCCAGUUUCAUGCCAAAAGGUUUAAUGAAAAAGAAAAAGCUAUUCAAAAUGGCUCAUAUUUUGUGAACUCCAUAACUGAACUUCAAAAAGAAGUUACAUUAGCCAUGUAUUGUGAGCUCAUUCUUUUACUGUGUCACUGGUUAUACACUUGUUAAAUGCUGAGAUAAUAGUCUUCAUGCAAGACAUUUAUGAGUACUGUAGAUGGGACUUUGCGGAACGAUUAAUAUUACGUACUGUAUGAAUUUAUUGAAAUGUUACUGAUUGUACAGGUUUGAAAAGAUUAAAUAUGGGCAUUAUGUUAGCAAACAAA